GUUUUCUUCUAGGUCCUUGCAGAUGACGUGACUCCCCAGCGACAGGAAUACAUUCAAAACAUUAAUCUGUUUGGUUGUUUGGUAUUUCUGUAGUAUUUUACUCUAGGAGCUUAACACAAUGGCGUUGGAGACUGUCCCCAAAGACCUGCGCCAUCUGCGCGCGUGUCUCCUCUGUUCGCUGGUGAAGACCAUCGACCAGUUUGAAUAUGACGGCUGUGACAACUGUGAGUCCUACCUGCAGAUGAAGGGGAACCGAGAGAUGGUUUAUGAAUGCACAAGUUCCUCAUUUGAUGGGGUGAUAGCCAUGAUGAGCCCUGAGGACAGCUGGGUAGCAAAAUGGCAGAGGAUAGGCAACUUCAAGCCAGGUGUAUACGCAGUGUCAGUGACGGGAAGACUCCCUCCAGGUGUGGUGAGAGAGUUGAAAAGCAGAGGAGUGAUUUACAAAUCCAGAGAUACAGCAGUGAAGACUUAAACCUGACUGCUUCCAGUUUACGUCGUCUGAUCAGCCAACCGGGAGCGGAAUCAUACCGCAGAGGCUACAACAGUGGAACUGUUCAAAUCUUGUUUUUUGUUGUGAUUAGAAAUAUUAACAUGGGUGAUGACUGGGGAGAAAAAGUGGAUAUUUUUUAUUUCUUUGAAGAAAAAAUAAAAGUGUGUUUUUUAAGGAA